GCGGACCUGCGGCGUGGUGAGAGUGCGAACGGAAGGUAGUGCGCAGCUGCAUUGAAGGACCCCCACCUCCUCUUCGCUGGAGUCUCCAGCGUUCGCCUGCGGAACCUUUAAUGGGGUGCUAAAGCCGAUAGGGGAAGAGCACCAGAAGGGACUGGUGGGGUCGAUUUGAAAAGGGGAAAGGAAGAGGAGGAGCAAGGAGCUAUGGCUGCUGUGGCUAUUGUUGGCCGUGCUCUGGGGAAAAAAAAGUUGACGCAUUUGGUAACGGCUGCCGUCUGCCUCACAGGUUCUGGGACUCACUCAGUGCUGUGGAGAAGAGCUUGUUCAGAAUAUAAACAGACGACCAGCAAUGAGGAUCUGCCCAUUCCAAUGGAAAAUCCUUAUAAGGAACCUCUUAAAAAAUGCCUCUUGUGUGGAAAGCAUGUAGAUUAUAAGAAUGUACAGCUUUUGUCUCAGUUUAUUUCUCCAUUUACUGGAUGCAUUUAUGGAAGGCACAUAACAGGUCUUUGUGGGAAGAAACAGAAAGAAAUAACAAAAGCAAUUAAGAGGGCUCAAAUAAUGGAACUUUAAUUAUUUCUUUACAGGGUUUAUGCCAGUUACAUACAAGGAUCCUGCAUAUCUCAAAGACCCAAAAGUUUGUAACAUGAAAUAUCGGCAAUAAACUAUGUAAGAUUAUUACCAAUAAA